AUCUCUUUUGCGUUGUCUAUGUGUCAUUGGUUUAUCGCAAAAUUGAGUGUCUACGCCAAACACGUUGGUAAAUUCUUCUCUGUGGUUCGCCGGCGUUGGAGAGUUUUUAGUCGAGUGGAACUGACCUUCAUUCACCCGUUAAGAAACUUAAAGAAGAUGAAGAAUCACUGGCAGUUGUACACUGGCAUAGCUUUUGUUUUCUGUUUUUAUGUUCUUCCAGUCAGUGGAACUGGAGAAACUCUUAUUUUGCUGGAUAAUCUUGCCAUCAAAGAAACACAUUCUAUGUUUUUUAAAGAGUUACAAGGUAAGACUUUUACAAGUGGGCUGAAUUUUUUCCUAUCUUGUUUCGUGUUUGUAGAGUUUGGUGGCUCCCUGAACGUCCAAGCCAUAACAGAUUUUAUCGACAACGGUGGAAAUGUGCUUGUUGCGGCCAGUUCCAGUGUUGGUGACGUAAUUCGUGAAUUGGGCAGUGAAUGUGGGUUUGAAAUAGAUGAAGAGGAAACUUCUGUGAUUGACCAUUUGAACUAUGACCUUUCCGAUGAUGGCAAGCAUACCCUCAUUGUUUCCGAGGCUUCAGAGUUGCUUGAUGCACCAACGGUUGUUGGAUCCAGAAACAUCCCUCCCGUUUUGUUCCGAGGAGUUGGGACGAUCUCUGACCAAGACAAUCCUCUUGUCCUUGAGGUUCUCACUGCAUCUUCCACGGCUUACAGCUACAAACCCGAUGUUGAAAUAUCUGAGUAUCCACAUGCUGUUGGGAAGAGUACCUUGCUAAUUUCAGCUCUUCAGGCAAGGAACAAUGCUCGUGUGGUAUUCUCAGGAUCUUUGGAUUUCUUUAGUGACCAGUUCUUUCAGGCCAGUGUCCAGAAAGCCCAUGGAGGUCAAAGGUAUGAAAAAUCGGGAAACCAAGCCGUAGCUACAGCUCUGGCUAAGUGGGUGUUUAAACAGAAGGGAGUUCUACGGGCGAGUAAUGUAAAACACCACCGUAAAGGAGAAACCUUUCCACCUGAUUCGUAUACCGUUAUGGACGACGUGGUGUUCUCUAUUAAUGUGGAGAUUUACAAGGAUGGAAAAUGGUUGCCAUUUGAAGCUAAAGACAUCCAGUUAGACUUUGUUCGCAUUGAUCCAUUUGUCAGAAUAUCUCUGAAGAAAAAAGAAGGUACCAAGUAUGAAGCAGUAUUCAAGGUUCCCGAUGUUUACGGUGUAUAUCAGUUUAAAGUGGAUUACAACAGAAUGGGUUACACCCACUUGUAUAGUACGACACAGGUAUCCGUACGACCACUGAAGCACACACAGUACGAAAGAUUCAUUCCAUCAGCGUAUCCGUAUUACCUAAGUGCCUUUUCUAUGAUGGGCGGAGUGUUUAUUUUCAGUUUCGUAUUCCUACAUUUUCGUGAAACUUCUAAAUCUAAAACCGAGUAAUUAUUUUUUUUUAUCGGUCCUUUAAGACAUUCCUCUCAAAAACAAGUGUACCAUGAAAGAUUUUAAAACAUCGCAGUGAUUAAUUAAAGAAAGAAUGACAUGUAGGAUUUUGAGGUAUUGUGAAAAUUGUUUAAAUAAAAAUAACAAGUAAA